AGUGUAGUGCAUUUUAUUUUAGAAUACGAAUUUUAAAUCUCUCCCAGCGUUUCGUGCAUCAUGUUGGCCAGGUCCUUCUUAUCCGUGGCCGUGUGCGGCCUGCUGCUAUCGCCCCUCCUGCCCGCCGCCCGUGCGGCCCAGGAGGAGGACUCCUCCGCCGGCAAACAGGCGGAAAAGCAGUUCGCCGUGGAACUGGACCCGGAAACCUUCGACACCGCGAUUGCCGGCGGCAAUGUCUUCGUCAAGUUCUUUGCGCCUUGGUGCGGCCACUGCAAGCGCCUCCAGCCGCUGUGGGAGCAGCUGGCCGAGAUCAUGAACGUGGAUGAGCCCAAGGUGAUCAUCGCCAAGGUGGACUGCACCAAGCACCAGACAUUGUGCGCCGCCCACCAGGUGACCGGCUACCCGACGCUGCGCCUCUUCAAGCAGGGCGAGGAGGAGUCGGUCAAGUUCAAGGGCACCCGCGACCUGCCCGCCAUCACGGACUUCAUCAACCAGGAGCUGAGCACGCCCGCCGAGGCGGAUCUGGGCGAGGCCAAGCGCGCGGAUGUGGAGAACCCCAAUCUGGGCAAGGUGGUCGACCUCACCGAGGACACCUUCGCCAAGCACGUGUCCAGUGGCAAUCACUUUGUCAAGUUCUUCGCCCCCUGGUGCAGUCAUUGUCAGCGCUUGGCGCCCACCUGGGAGGAGCUGGCCAAGGAGCUGGUGAAGGAGCCCGCCGUGACCAUCUCGAAGAUCGACUGCACCCAGUUCCGCUCCAUCUGCCAGGACUUCGAGGUCAAGGGCUAUCCCACGCUGCUCUGGAUCGAGGAUGGCAAGAAGAUUGAGAAGUACUCGGGUGCCCGCGACCUGUCCACGCUGAAGAGCUACGUGGAGAAGAUGGUGGGCGUGCCGCUGGAGAAGACCGAGGGCGAGGAGGCGGCCGCCACCAAGGAGACUGCCGGCGAGGAGGAGGCGGCAGCGGCGGCGGCCAAGAAGCUGACGCCCCAGCAGCUGACCGGCGAGGCCGAGUUCGAUGCGGCCAUUGCCGAGGGCGUGGCCUUCAUCAAGUUCUACGCCCCGUGGUGCGGACACUGCCAGAAGCUGCAGCCCACCUGGGAGCAGCUGGCCACGGAGACGCACCAGGCGCAGAGUGGCGUGAGGAUCGCCAAGGUGGACUGCACGGCGCCGGAGAACAAGCAGGUGUGCAUCGACCAGCAGGUCGAGGGCUAUCCUACGCUAUUCCUCUACAAGAACGGGCAGCGCCAGAACGAGUACGAGGGCAGUCGCUCCCUGCCGGAGCUGCAGGCCUACCUCAAGAAGUUCCUCGGCCACGACGAGCUCUAAGUCGGAGGAGCAGGGGAUCAGCAGCAGUCGAAUGAACAAAAAUCGCCCGCCAAACUAAUCGUAAUCGUAAUGUUUUCUCUUCAAAAAACACCGGCAUAAACCGACCUCUGUGAGGAGUCCGCAUUUAAAGAAUAUAUGAACAACACCCAAAAGACAAAGUGCUAGCCGGAGUCCAUGAGUCGUUCUUAGUGUUUCCCCCGCUGUGUUCCCCCCACCCCCUUUUUUAUGUUUUUAGUAUUUACGGUAAUGGGGCACCAGGACUGUGUGCACGAGAAAAGCCAUUUAGCAAACAUUAUUUCCAAUUCUAACAUCAUUUUGUGGUCGUUAGGCUACUUUUAAGUCAUUCUUAGGAAAAAUUGUCGACACAAUACAAAUAAAUAUCAAUUGGAAAACA